CAUGCACUGCGCUCCGCAACGCAACAGUAUUUAGUUUAAAUAUGUUUUUAAACAAGAGUACACGCGGUUGAACUUCGGGAAAGUGUGACACACAGUGCACUUUACUGGCGAAAAUGUUCAAACGCACCUUUAAAGUGGUUUAUCGGCCCAUUAGAAACAACUUCCUAGUUCUACCUGAUCAGUACUAUGGAGUUGUUUCGACAUAUGAUACAGGUUGCCUAAGCUUACAAUACAAUGGACGUGUUCAUUAUGUCUCUUGGUCGCCGCAAGGGGGUGGCGGCGGUGGUUUGAAAGACACAGAAAUUGGGAUCAAUGCCAGGGCCGCUAAGGAGAUUGGUCUGCAUGAAAAUGAUUUGGUCAAGUGUGCGCUCAUCGCUGACGUCCUCAACUUGCGCAGCGUGCACGUUACACCCGUCUCGGCCAAAGAUUGGGAGAUCAUUGAACUUAGCAGCGAGAAAAUUUCUGGCAGUGUGCUAGAGCAGACGCGCAUUGUGAACUCAACACAGAUACUGCUCGUUUGGAUCAACAAGUCCAUGCAAGUUGCGUUGACAGUGGAUCGCCUUAAGCCACAUCUUAGCUAUGGACGCAUCGAUCACAACACAGAGCUGGUAAUAGCGCCCAAUUUGUACAAGGGACUCAGCAAUGGUAUUGUUGCGGAUGAAAAUGACGGAGGUGGUAAACUUUCUCGUAGUAAGACAAGCGCCCAGUUGCGUUCAGAUGAAGCGCCUCUCACCAAUGGACUGUCGCACUCCACUACUAUGAGCAGUGUUAAAGAUACGCUACAGCGUCAUAAUCCUCAGGCGCGUAACAAACGACAGGAUCACAUGGAACGGAUAAAGAAGGAUUUGCGACAUGAAAAUGCGCGCAAUUUUGAGUUUCGAGUGAUUCGAGGCCUGUGGCAGGAGCAAGCACAGGAAUCAGAUGUGUAUAUAACCCGUACGCAUCUGCCCGAGUUCAUGGAUCUAGAUUUGUUCUACUGCCUGCGCACGGCAGGCGAGAAAGAGCAUUAUGUCCGUGUACGAUUACUCAGCGAUGCCGAAUUGCCUGCAACGAUACAUCCCAGCAUUGAAGUGAACGCAAAUUUAAUGAAAUUGCUGAACUUGGAGGAGUUGGAACGUGUGGUGCUACGGCCAAAAACAACGGUUGUGAAUUUUGUGGAGAAAAUCGAGCUGUUUGCGCACAAAAAAACGCACUACAAGAUUGUUGAAAAUGCAUUUAAACGCUUUGUCAUUGAGCGCACCAAUGUGGCGCCGAUGCUGUUUAAUCAGGAGGAGGUAGUGCGAUUGGAGGACGAUUUGCUGGUCACCGUUGGCAUACUGCCCGAGCAUUUUCGCUAUUGCGUGGUUGAUGCACAGUUUCUCAAAGAGUCGAAGAUUUACGCCGCUGAUUUAGUGCGGCCAGUCAAUGAGAUUAUCAAGGAACAACCAACGCCAAAGUCCCCGUUGAGCGUCAAGGAUCUCAUACGCUUGCCCGAAUACGAUAGCAUUGUGGACAAGGUGGUGGAAGAGCUACGCAUGAAUCUAUGCCUUAAUUCGGACAAUUCAGUGCUUCGACAGUGCAAUGUGUUGCUAACCGGAGCUGUGGGAACCGGCAAAACUGUGCUGGUGGAGCGUAUAUUGGACCAAUUGUCGCGCAAACCCGACUAUUGUUACUUUGAUAUAUUCUACUGUUCGCGCAGUAAGGGUCGCAAAACCGAGUCAAUACAAAAGGAUUUGCGCACCAUUUUCACGAAUUGUCUGCUGCAUGCACCCGCCAUUGUGGUCCUCGAAAAUUUGGAUGUGCUGGCACAUGCGGCCACUGAGCAGGCUAGCCAGGAUGGUGAAUACUUCAAUCGCAUGGCGGACACAGUGCACCAGUUAAUCAUGCAGUAUACCAGUAGUAAUGCCAUAGCCGUAAUUGCCACAGUCAGUGAGUUGCAGUUACUUAAUAAGCGCCUGAGCUCUCCACGCGGUCGUCAUGUCUUUCAAACUGUGUCGCGUCUGCCCAGCUUAGAGCGCGCUGAUCGUGAGAUCAUUUUGCGUGAGCUGUGCAGCCACAUUGCGGCACAAAAACUCGAUCUAGUGAAGUUCUCCAAUCUGACUGAGGGCUACAAAAAAUGUGACCUGGUCCAGUUUGUGGAGCGCGCCAUUUUCUACGCCUACCGCAUCAACAAGACGCAACCGACGCUCACCAAUGAGGAACUUGUACAAUCUCUAGAGCAUACGAAUUCAUAUUGUCUACAGGGAAUCGAGAGCAAUCAAAAGACUGGCGUCGAAUCGGAGGAUUCUGGCGAGCUACGCGUAGAGGAGUUGCCCGGCCUAGAACCUGUGGUGGCUGUGCUGGAGGAGGUGCUAAUGUGGCCUUCGCGUUAUCCCACCAUCUUCAGUGACUCGCCGUUGCGCAAUCAAGCUGGAGUCUUGCUUUACGGCCCACCAGGCACAGGCAAAACGUUUUUAGUCACGAAGCUUUCUAGUUGUUGGAACUUGCGUAUUAUUUCGGUGAAAGGACCAGAACUGCUGGCCAAAUACAUUGGCCAGAGUGAAGAGAAUGUACGUAAUCUGUUCAAUCGUGCGCGCAGCGCCAAGCCCUGCGUCCUCUUCUUCGAUGAGUUCGACAGCUUGGCGCCGAAGCGUGGACAUGAUUCGACGGGUGUGACGGAUCGUGUGGUCAACCAGUUGCUGACGGAGCUCGAUGGUGUCGAAGGGUUGCAGGGCGUAACCGUUAUAGCGGCGACAUCGCGACCCGAACUGCUCGAUCCGGCGCUAUUGCGAUCGGGACGCUUGGACCGUUUGGUCGAGUGCCCGCUACCCGAUGCUGUGGCACGGGUGCGCAUCUUUGAGGCCCUCAGUGCGACUCUCAAUCUGGAUGAGUGCGUAGAUUUUGAAUGGUUUGCGGAUAAAACGCAAAACUAUAGUGGCGCCGAUAUCCAAAGCAUUCUGACCUCGGCAAACAUGGCAGCGGUUAAGGAGGCGCUCGCACAAUUCGGACAUGAGAAAUUACCAAAGACAAUUACAGUGAGACAGAAACAUCUAGUAGAGUCCUUCCAGACGACGCGCCCAUCGCUGAGCCCCUCUGACGUGGCCAAAUAUCAGAAAAUGUACGCACGUUUUACGAACAAGGAGAAGAGCUCCAGAGAGUUUGUGGCCAAGCGGGCUACUCUAGCAUAGCUGAUUGAACUGAGAUACUUGUAGACUUCUAAAAACAAAGGUGUUAUUGGUUUAAACAUUCUUUUUAUUUCGAUCCCCAUUUUGUAUCAUGGUUUUGAGGACAAUAAAUGAUUUUUAUUCAAAA